CACAACACAGAAAACACUCGCCAUCCGAUCAGUUUACAAUGAACGUGAUAUGCUAGAAGACGAUGGUAUACCAGUCAAAGAGUUCGCGAGCGCUCGGUCUCCUGAACACACCAUUGUAACGUUGCGUGUGGUGACCAUGCGGCGUGUGCACAGUUGGGGAGAUGAUAAGAUUGUAAAAAAAGUCUUACUGCAGAAAUUGACCCUGUACGACCUGUUACCGAGUAUCAAACAAUGUCGUCAACAGCCCCCAAAAUGAGUGACUUCGGCAAGCAUAGCAACGCGAAACCACGCCCACUUGGUGAGGUAAAAGCGGAAUCUGCUUGUUUUGACUUUCUAGGCAGUAAUAAUCCUUUAAUAACUCGGACGUUUGAAUCGGCGUGCGAUAUCGACAGACAUCAGCUUAUUAUGAACAGGCUUCAUGAAAAUUUAAUAACCACAGCACUUAUAGCAGACGUGUCGUCUGCUAAUUCUAACGCGGAGCAGACACACAGAAAGGGCGGCAAUGUACAGAGCAAUUCCUUGGGACCGAACUUCUCGGCGAUGCAUUUAGUGUCAACGUUAGUGUCACCGAGAUCCAGGACUAUUUCUAUACCAAAACAACGAGAUUUCCUAGCGUACGACCUGAGAAUCAACACCGCACCAAACGCAGCGUCUGACAUGGAUGGCGUCGAAGUGUUUGAUUCACAAGGAGAUGUUACAUAUGGACAUCAUCAGACUUCUGAAUGGAAUCAGAAAAAUUCACCCAGACACACUUCUAACUGGGGAGAAUAUCGGCGGCAGCUGUCCACGGCUAAAAAGAAAGAACUGACGAGAAAGCUGUCACAAUUAUCAAAGUGCGAAGCCGUGGACAUCAUGGACCCAGUCCAGGGGUCUCUGUCCCAGUAUUCGUCUCCAAUGAUAAUCAUGUCCCAGAGCCAGCGGGACGAGGAAAAUGAGAUUCUCAAUGCUGCGGCCGAUGCCCUUCUCCAGCGUUCCAGACGAACGCCUUUGGUUUUCAGUGCCAGUCGCAAGAGGUCUAGAACCACAGUUCGUGACACGGGGGUUUUCAGUCGUUCCACGAAGAUACAAAACGGUCAGCAACAAACCGGGCAACUCCCAGAUGGUAUUAUUGGUAGGAAUAUUGACAGCGGGUUUGGUUUAGCGCCAGAUAGCUGCAUGGGUGAGGACAUAUUGUACACGGGCAGAGCCGGUGGGUCGUCUCGCUUGUGGAGGAGGCAUGUGUCGUAUCAAGACAGAGUUCAGCCGCCGAAGGAUCGCCCGAGUUCGAAACAAAGAGAAGUGAACGCGUUGUCUGGAUACUCACUGCAAGCCCGAUCAGCAAAAGGCAAUAGAGAUGAUCUGUUCAAACUUCAGGGCAAAUCUCUACCUCGUCUACCAAAACAAAACUCGUACACAGAAAAUCUCAGAUUGUUACAAAAGAAAAAACAAAAUGAACACCUUCCUCAAGAGUUCCAUAACUUUGACAGUUUGCAGCAGCGUGUACAGAGUAUGUCUCACACGGACACAUUCUGGACGAUUCCUGAAGCGAUGAGCGAAACAGAAGACGCUCGAACUGUUUCUACUGGCUUCAGAGCUCCGCGAAAGAUUCCAACAAAACUGCCCCCGUACAAUGAAACACUACACGCACAAACGUUGGUGUAUACUCGAAACAAGUCGCCUACCUACAGUAACAUGCAUCAUAAUAAUUCAUCAUCGCCUAGUAGGGGGAUUAAGUACGACAUUAAUUCACAUUGUGGACAUCCUGCGGGUGAAAAUGUUAAAGAUGACGAUCUUCAUGGAACAUUCAGACUUACGGAGCUUCGCGAUGAUGAAAUCGUGGAUGUAGAUUCCGACGGAGAUGACUUGACGGACUCGGACUCAGACGAAGAAGACAGGUUGAGUUCGAUUCGUUUUGGUGACGAACUGACGCGGCAACCGCUUGACAUUGGAAAGUACCAGGGAACUACCUCGAGAAUUUCUGAGGAUGAGGCCGGAAGCCAGUUUCAUUUAGUGAAUGGUGAAAACGGCAAUGUUCAGGAAGAAACAUAUAAAAUUCUAAAAGCAUUAGAUAAAGAUGUGUAUUUUGAUUAUGAACAUAAGAAAUAUCGCAAAGCUGGCACGGCUGGGUCUUUGGGCAGUUCGGAUAAUCCUAGAGUACAUUUUCUUAAAGUUAAGGUGAAUAAAUCUGUAACGUAGAUAUUAUUUUUUCUGAGCAGAAUGGUGCUGUAUUAACAUUCUCAAAAACAAAUAAAACGUGUCUAUAUUUCAGCCGAAAGCUAAACAGUUUAAAAAUAAAAUGGACAAAUUAAAAUUUAAAAUCUUCUUCUCCCCCACACCUGAUUGUACAAGUUUCUUGUUUUCAUUCUAUUUGUAACAAUCAAACAGGCUCUAAAGUAUGUUCUUGCUAUAUAGUGUGAACAUUGUUAUUCAUUCUUUUGAGAAACGAAUCCUAAACUGACCUUUGAAUAUCGCCCAUGACUGCGAGUCAGAAUUACCAAAUGUUUGACAUCCAAUAGCCGAUGAUUAAUAAAUCAGUGUGCUCUAAUGGUAUCGUUAAACAAAACAAACUUCGAACUUGAAUAUCUCCCAUAAAGAUUCUACUACCUUUAUGAAAAAAUCUUCGUUUUCCCAAUCAUCACGAAUGUUGCAAUAUUUGUUUCGACACGUUAAAACGUCUGCCCAAACAUCUGAUUUUUCUCAAUAUUUCGUUAAUAAUUGAAUUAAGCAGUCUUCUGACAGUACAACUAAAUUCCAUGUAUACAGCUUGUACAAUACAAUGAACACUAUAGAUAGUCACAAAGACGUGGGUUAGACAUUUUUGGAUGUUAACAGAUUUCUUUAUUUGUAUACUUUUGCGUUAUAUUUCGAAACACCAAAUUUACUUGGAAAACGUAAUUCUAAAAAAAUACGUUUUUAAUAUAUAUAUCUUCCAAAAGUUAACGUUUUUAUCGCAAUGUUUCUUUCUUUAAAAAAAACAUUUAUUAAAUUUGGUUUCAAUGUUUGAAUUUACUUGGAAAGCUUAUAUAACGGGGAAGAAAUUUUUAAUUCUUAAUAUAUAUACGGACUUUUGUACGGUUAUGAUCAGAGAGCGAUCAUACCGUCCAAAUAUCCGUCCAGUUCUCGAACGGCAGAGUACCCCAGAGCCGUAGCUAGGAUUUUUUGUUGGGGGGGGGGGGGGG